CAGUGAGUCUUAAUGAUUGAAAAGAAGACCAUACAAACCUUGUGUGAGAAGGAUGUGUACCGUGUAAGUGUUGGAUUGUUGAAGUAUAUGAAUUGUGGGAAGAGAUUGCAACUAACGUGUAACUGGGGGAAGUGUGUUGAGAAGAUCCCAUGAAACAGUGAUCUUAUCCUAGUUUUUAUUUCUACAAAGGUUGUAUUAAUAAGCAUGAGUUAUUUCUAACUAACUCUAACAGGAAUCUCGGGAAAGGUGGUUUAUAAAGUUUAGUUUGUGUUUCUUGCAAGUAAUCACAAACCUUCCUUCCCUUUAGCGCCACUCAAAUAUGCUGAGCUAUAUAGAUACACACCAUUACACAGAGGCUGUGAAAAGGUUCAACAAGCGAUGGACAUCAAGAUAGAAAGUGAUGAUCGUAGGAAUGAGAAGGAUGAAGAAAGGGUACCACUGCUGAGAAAUAGUGAGGUACCAGAAGCAGAGAGGAAUCUGAUUCAGAAAGCCAUUAGUCAGACAUUUCAGAGCACUGCUCAUUUGGCCAACCUUUUACCGACUGGAACAGUCCUUGCUUUCCAACUUCUCUCCCCGAUCUUCUCAAACGUUGGCAACUGUGACUCUGUCAGCAAGACCAUGACUGCUGCACUUGUAUCUCUCUGUGCUGCUUCCUGCUUCCUGUUAUGUUUAACCGAUAGCUUCAGAGACAACAAGGGGAACAUCUGCUAUGGGUUUGCCACCCUCAGGGGCUUGUGGGUCAUUGACGGAUCAACCACCCUUCCACCUCAACUUGCUGCAAAAUAUUGCCUGAAGUUCAUAGAUAUCAUGCAUGCAGUUAUGUCAGUUUUGGUGUUUGCAGCAAUUGCGUUGUUCGAUCAAAAUGUGUUGAAUUGCUUCUUUCCAGCACCCUCGACUGAGAUACAGGAAAUCCUCACGGCAUUGCCAGUGGGAAUUGGCGUUUUCGGCAGCAUGUUCUUUGUUGUGUUUCCUACACAGAGACAUGGAAUUGGCUUCCCCCUUUCAACAAAUUAAUCAUCUUUUAUGUUCUUACACUGCAUGUACUUCAUGUUUCUCAGUCACCGAUUUCUGUAAUUUAACGGGAUGAAUUCGGCUUGUGUCUGGAACAAAUUACUUAUAUUAUUGGAACAGCUGUUCAAUGAAAUGAAUCUUGCUUUGUAUAAAUUAUGUCUUUGCUCGAUAGUUUUAUAUCUCACGACAGGGAUUCACUGCUUGAUUCACUGCCUUGUAUAAACUAUGUCUUUCCUCAAUAAUAUGUCAAUAUGUAGGUGUGUCU